AUGGAUUCCUCAAAUCUCUUCGAUGUCAAGGGCAAAAUUAUCCUCAUUACUGGUGGUGCGAAAGGUGUUGGCCGUAUGAUAUCUGAGGGGUUCGUCACCAACGGUGCUACUGUUUAUAUCACCGGCCGUGAUGUCCCUGCGUGCGACAAAGCGGUCAAGGAGCUGAAUGCUUUAGCGAAGGGAAAAGCUGUUAGCUUGCCGGCGAAUCUAUACAAUGAGGAGGAGUGCAAAAAGCUGUUUGAUGAGUUUUUCGAAGAGAGAAAAACAGCCGGCCUACACCAUCUCAGCCGUGUCCUAGCAAACCACCUUGGAAGACGGAAUAUAACGUCUAACACGCUGGCCUGCGGGCCGUUCGAAAGUAAGAUGAUGGCUGCGACCCUAAAGAAAUACAAGGAUGUGAUCGAAUCUGGCGUUCCAUUGGGUCGCAUUGGAACUCCAGAGGAUGUUGCCGGAGCAUGUCUUUUUCUCAGCAGCAGAGCUGGAUCAUAUGUUAAUGGCGCCACGAUUACGCUUGAUGGAGGCAGUAUCAUCAAUGCAAAGAUGUAG